GCGACCGAGACGGACACGGAUACGGACGGCCACUCGGCGGAUUUGUAAACAGUUCGCAGCUUCUUAGCGCUUUUUUCGUGUUUCGCUUUAUUUUGGCCCGAUCCGACGGCACUAACGGUUCGGUCACCGCCACGCACAGUCGGUCGAGAGUGGAAAGCGAAUUUUCCCGGGAAACGCGUCCGCUGCCUGGAGUCGCUGCUCGCACGAGUGUUGAACAAAAGUGAUAAAAUAUAGAAAAGUAUUGCUUAUGCAAAUAGGAAAAUGCCUACGAUUCGCGUGUGCUUGCAAUGGACUUCGGUUGUCUUCAGUACAAUCACCUUGAAUUUUUCAUUGCCGAUCGUAAUUUCUGUACGGUGUCCGAGUAGCAGGCCAAUUUGGCAGCCAACAAAUCCCAAUCAAAAUUUCCAUUUCCACCAGACAAGAUGUCACUCGGCUCUCGUUUUCAUUCCCCGCACUUUUCUUGGGCAGCCGAAUUUUCGGCACAAUCGAAACGACAGCAACAAGAAAGGAAACUGUAUCGUUGGGAUCCUGGCGGCCCUGGCCGGAGUCUAUGAGCUGGAUAAGUACAACGAUGGCUCCACGGAGCAUAUCGAUAAGUACGUGCAACUGGGCAUGGCAGGUGCCCUGAUCCUGGCCGGAUUGAUCGGUUGCAUGGGCGCCAUCCUCGGUUCCAUUAAGGUGAUGGUGGUGAACCUAAGUGUGCUGCUGAUUCUGAUAGUCUUGCACAUCUGGAAAGUGUCCCGCCACAACGAGGCCAAGCAGCUGGAUGACACUGAGGUGUACGUGAUGGAUCUCUGGAUGAAGGAGCUGGCUCAUCCGGGAUCCAUGAAGCAUUUGCAGCAGGAGUACGAGUGCUGUGGCGACGAGGGCCCCUUGGAUUACAAGAACCUCAAGAUGGAGAUACCGCGCAGCUGCUACCACAACAAGGACGGGAUCCACGCCCUGUUGCCUUAUGGGAAUGGCUGCAUGGAUGCCGUGCAGAAAGCAUACCUGAAGAUCUACCGGUACGAGAAGUGGGCCCACAUCGGACUUUUUUGUUACGAGGUCGUGGGCAUCAUCUUGGGCAUCACCUUAUGCUGCCAGUUGACCAGCAAGACCCGUCUUUACACCUACUGAUCACACAUGACAUUUAUACAUAAGCAUUUGCCACUUGGCUGUACAAUAAACAAGCACAUUUGAUAAGAUCUUA